AUGCCUACCAUCAGGGAGAUUCAGGACAACAUUCGGGCUACAGGCUGGCAGCCUGGGCAGCCUGCUCCUCCUCCACCUCCUCCUCCUCCACCACCUCCUCGCGCUCCUGGACAGCCGCUCACAGUCCAGGAGCGAUUCCGCUUUCUAAGGAAUUUUGGGUUUCCAGCACCACGCUUUCCAGCACCACAACCACCAGCCACAAAUGCUGCUGUUGCUACUGGGGCAACAGAAACUGCAACCGCUUCCUCCUCUUCCUCCUCUUCCACCCCACAGGCUGCAGUCACAGCAAACACAACACUGCCAGAAGGCUCCACGUCUAAUGCUCCACAGCAAGCAGUUGAUAAUUUGCCUGCACAAAACCAACCUCAGACCUCUCCUCAACCGCGACCCACUUCCACUUUCCUCCAGUCUGUCCUCUUCGGAAGCAACGAGCAAGCAGCCGCACCGACGAUGUCCUCCUCUUCUUCUUCUUCCAGUCAAUCUUUCAGUCAGUCAGACGAGGAGCCGCCGCGACCAGAGAUCCCGAUUCAUGACUACGUACACGGCGAAUCAUCUGAGCGCUACUUUCAGAAUCAGCGCGAUCCUUUUUACGCGAGUCAGAGACCGCAACUCCCACAGCCUGGCCACCCAAUCGCUUUCCAAGAUGGUCUCAAUCAAAGCCGACGCCAGAUUGAGCGCGACAUUGUCAACGAGAUGGUCCUCGACGAAGAGGUGUUGAACCCGCUUGACCUCAACACUCUACCAUCACUCGUCGAAAAGAUGCAAGCCGCACUUCGCGAGUCUCAGGAGGCCGCCCAAGCCUCCGAACCAGGCAUUCCCUUGGCACCAUUCCCUCCCAACCUCCUCCAGAUUCCGAACCCGCAUCUCACGACCUUCAGAGUCCCCGGCUUCAACAUUCCUGUCUUCCUCGCCCAACACUCUACAAUCCAAGACCGCCAACGCGCCCUCUUCCUCUUCUACGCCACACCGGCCGGCCAACGCCACUUCCGCAACCUCAUAUCACACAACCUCGUCUCAAUACGCUCCGCCCUCCACUGCGUCUCCCAUAAUCUCAAAGCCCUCGAUGCACAAGCCAAUUCCGUCGCCGGCACAUGGGGCCUCGAGCUCCUCCUCGACCCAGAAAAAGGGCAAGAAAUCAACGCCGCCCACGCUGCCGCUGCAGCUGCACCAAGAACUUCCCGACGCGCUCAAGCUCCGAGCCCUUCGCCUCACAAUCGCAUUCACCGCGGCAUCGCCGUGCCCCGCUUCGAAACACCCGACCCCAAUGCUUCGCGCUCCAGCUUCGGCUUCAACUUCCCCGACCCACCUCCCAACACAGAUCCCGUUGUUCGUGCUGCCAACAAGGCUUUCAUCCACGCCUCCUUUGCGCGCAUGGAGCAGGGCAUGAGCGACGCGUUCUUCUGGAAGGGGGUGUUGCUGCUGGAGACGCGGAUGUCUGAGGCCAUGCUUGCACGCUUGGAGUGUGCUGGGGAGUGCACUGGGAUCCUGGCGCAGGUGUACAGCGGCCAGCUGAGUAUUGAGGGGGGCUUUGACGGCAUCUGGGGAACCGGAGCGUCAAAUCUUGGUGGCUCUGCUGCUUCUGGUUCUGGCUCUGCUGCGGGUCUCUCUGAGGAGGCUGUGGCGGCGAAGGAAAAGCUUGUUGCUGCGGGGAAGCGAUGGGAGAUGCUUGGAGAGGUGGUGCGCGCGUGUUGGGGAGCUGCGGCUGCGCGAUUGGGUGGUGCGUUUGCUGCUGCUGAUGUUGCGGCUCGUGCUUCGGUUCUUGCUGCCACUGAUGGCAGCGGCGAUGCUGUGGUGAAGGUGGAGGACGAGAGCGAGGAGGGACAGGGGCAUGAAGAAGGAGAAGACGAAGACGGCAGAGUCGACGAGGACGCUGAAGGUAGAGAUGGAGACGAAGUGAGCGCUGGUGUUGCGGGAGAAGAAGCGGCAACAGAAGGCUGGAGAUGUCUACGUGCUAGACACGCCGGUGAGCUGUGGGAUGUGGUGGAAGACGCGAGGGAGUUGGGUAUGAACAUGGUCGAGGAUGCGAAGUGGUGGGACGGGGAGUAG